CUGUUUAACAAAAACAAAGCAGCUCAGUCAGCACGGAAGGAAAUGUUCCUCAUGCUAGAUGCUUUUAAACUGGACAAGUUAAACAGGCGCCAGAACGGCAGAUACAAUAAUAUCAUUGGUUGCAGACUUUUAACGUUUGUACCGAACUCUAUGUUUUUCUGCAACCAGCAUCGGGACACUCCGCUGGCAGUUAAGAGGUGUCAAAAACGAACUCUUAUUUGUAUGCAGCCUGCAGGAAGGAUACUGUACACUGCAGCGAGGUAUAAUGUAACUACCAACAACCGCUAAUAACCAGCAGCUUUCCGAUUUAUUAAAAUGGAAACAUUUGUAUCCUCGUGAGCGUAGUUUUGCAGUUUGGCGCAGUCUGUCUGGAUAUCGCGGGUGCUAACAAAAUGGAGGGUAAUAAGUGCUUGUUAAGUUGGCUGGUGUAACGUUAUAUGGAGCCGUGCUUUUAGACUGCGUGUUGGGGAUAUUAUUGUUGGACGGGGAGAAAGAGUAACAUAAAUAUGUCAGGAAUACAGUAAACACAUUCAGUUAAGACGGCUUUUACCGGAAGUGGAACGUUGUUACCAAACUAUAACGUGGGUGAUUGACUGCACAACAACAGCAGAAUGUGUUGUGAUGUGACACGCCUUUACCGACAGCCACUUAUAAAAUAGAGUAUUAAAGGAGGAGCAGGUAGCACAAAAUGACAGACUCCGGGGAUAGCGCAGAUGUUCCCGGCCCCUCCGGCCUCAGCAGCGGGACCGGGCUAGGCUUCAGCGUGGGCAGAGGACUCCCAGGCCGGGUCAGGAGUCUGUCCUCUCCCACCCCACCUGGAAGACUGACGUCUCUCAGAACCAGGGACCUGACACUGGGGGGAGUGCUAAAAAAACCAAAGAAAACCUUUGAGCCAAAUGUGCAUGCCGUGAGGAAAAGCAGAGAUGAGUUAAAGGAGGAGAUCCAUGUGGCUCCAAAAAAGGAGAGAAGAGAGAGGGAUGAGAGGAGAAGAGAGAACAGAGGGAGGAGGAGAGAGAGGCCUCAGACCAUUCAGUCUCACUCCAUCUUUGAACAGGGUCCCGCCGACACCGUACGCAAAACAGGCUGGCGCGGUGCCACAGACCUGCACGACUCCGCCACCUCUCCUGUGUGUAAACUGGUGAAGAAAGAGAGGAAAGACUCAGAGGAGGAUGAAGAUGAAAUUCUCAGUAAACUACAGAGGGAUGAUUUCAUAGAUGAUCCAGGCCUGAGGAAUGAUGCCAAGCUGAAACCCAUCCAGCUACCCCUGUGUCAGUCCAGUAGCUUCAGUAAGAGUCAAACACGGAUGACCAACACAGCAUCUCCAGAGACCCCUCCUCUGUUCAGACCUCCAUCCUGCAGAGCUCAGAGCAGAGCAGGCCACGGCAGAACAGAGCUGCCCAAACCAGAGCAGCCAUCUAUGGUGGAGCUGCUGCAGGAUCUCAGCCUGUCUGGCAGAGAGGAGCUCUUUUUCAUGCAGUUACCUGACAGCAUGCCGGGCACAGUGUCUGGACAGAAGGCUGACGCCCCUCUAGGAUCUACAGCAGAGAAACCUGCCAAGAAGAGGCCUUCACAUCUAGAAGCACAACAGGCUGCGGUGAAGGAGGGCUGUCCUGUGCUGUCACAGCUCCCAGAAGGAUUUUUGGGUAAACUGCAGAUCAGAAAGUCAGGAAAGGUGGAGCUGAAGCUGGGUAACAUCGCCAUGGACGUCUCUGAGGGAGCUGCAUUCUCCUUCCUGCAGCAACUGGUGUCUGUGCAUCUGUCUGAUGGUCGAACUGGAGACAUGAUGGUGUUGGGAAACGUCCAUCACAAACUGGUCUUAUCUCCUGACUUCCAGGCUUUACUGAGAGAGGCUUCAACACAGCAGCAACAGGAACCCUGAUUAUCUGUCAUAUAUUACACAGACACCCAACAGAGCUGAGACCACACAGCACAGAUUCUAUGACACAUGAAAAGAUAAGUUUGAAUUGUGUGGGAUUCCUGACCUGUUACCACACCAACAGAUCACUGUGGAGGAAAGGUCUAUUGUCCAUACCUCUGCUUUGAGGUUUUUAAGGCAGCUAUGUACCGUAGAGAUAUCCCGUUUGUGCUAUGAUUUUGUUUUUGUUUUUUGUUUUUUAACAUCCUGUGAUAGCAAAACAAUCUGCCAGAAUCUGAAUGAUUGUUUUUCUCUGAUGUGAAGACACUGCCAGGGGGACAUGUUUUUUAGAAAGAUACAGAUAAUCAUGAGAUAAAUACAUGGUAUCAGAUUCAACCUACUGACCCAUGAGGACUGUUGUAGAUGUUACCUGAGCGCAGGCCAUUCGUUUACACUCGAUCAGUUCUAUAAACACCAGCAGAGCAGGCAACAUGAUUGCCAGCUUGAGACUGACUGAAGACCAGCAAACGUUGUUCCCAGCUACAGGCUGAGUUAGUCGAUGCCCAAAGGAAGAUCACCGAGGACGCCCAUCAUCAGAGGCUAAUCUUUAAACAAAGACAGAUGAUGUUAUCAUUUGGCCGAAGUUCCUGACUUUGGUCCAUCAGAACCACUGAGUGAAUGUCAAUUCAAUUCAGGGCUUUACAGCAUACGACAUCCCUCUGUCCUUAGGACCCUCGCAGUGGAUAAGGAAAAACUCCCCCCAAAAAACCUUUAUAAUUACCUUACAAGUGCUUUGAUAAAGUGAUCUUUCAUGUGUGCACUGAGCUCCUUUAUUAACUCCUAUAGAUCUGUCUCUGAAAAAUGGGAAAAUGGUGCAAAGCAAAUUCCUCAACUGCUCAACCAGUUACUGCAUUGAUGCACAGUCACUGCACUGAUGUACAGUCACUGCACUGAUGUACAGUUACUGCAGUUAUGUACAGUCACUGCACUGAUGUACAGUUACUGCACUGAUGUACAGCUGCAAUUUGUAACUUAUGUUGUAUUAAGCAAAAUCAUAUAUAUUAGUUUUUCCAGUUUUAUUAUUGGAUGUUUGUGUUGUGUUUUUGAACCAGCAUGUUUGUUUGUUUGUUUUUGUUAGAUUUUUUGUGUUUUUGUUUUUUGCUACCUCUGUAUCAUUUACUGUUUCACUUCUCCUCAUCAGACUCUUACGCGUCAGCUUCAUAGAGCAACUUAACAGCAGCUGUAAAUCCAGGUGUUGCUCACCUCCAGCGAAGUUGGUGAAGUAAAACUGUUAUGUAUGUAAGGCUUUAUUUUAAAGCUCAAGUGUGUAGGAUUUAGGGGUAUGAAUAUCAUCAGAAAUGGAAUAUAAUAUUCAUAACUAUGUUGUCAUUAGUUUAUAAUCACAUGGAAGUAAGUAAAGUUGUGUUUUCUGUACCUUAGAAUGAGCCAUUUAUAUCUACAUAUGGAGCAGGUCCUCUUGCUCAGAGUCCAUCAUGUUGUUUCUGCAGUAGCCCAGAAAGGACAAACCAAACACUGGCUCUUGAUUGGGCCACCGUAGUUCUUCUACACACUUCGCACUCAGGAGAAGUGUCAGUUCUGCAAUUGCUAGAUUGCUAGAUGCUACUUAAUCCUACAAACUCUCAAAAACCCUUCAUUACAGUUUCUGGAAGUCCUUUCAGAUGAUCUUUUUUAAAAAAUAUUAAGUCAAGCUGUCAGAACAAUAACAGUACCUAAAUCUCAGCAUCUUGAAUGACCUCUUAAUAAAAUCAAAUGCAAAAGACUGCAGCUUCUGAUACAGUAGAUGGUGUCAUUCUGAUAAACAGGCAGUGGGUUACUUAUAAGGUUAUUCCUGGCUCCAGAGAUCAGAUUUCCAUGAUGUGUGCAGCCUCAGGUCUUCAGUCAGGACACCCUGGCUCUGGAAUGACCUGCUUUGAGAAGCUCAGGCUCACACAAUCAUUUAAUUUUAAUGUGUUUUAUACUGAUAUGUUAUUAUGUUUUAUAAGCUGUACAUUGUAGAUUUUUAUAUUUGUUUGACUGGGGUUUUGGGGUGGGUGUUUUUUUUGAUUGUUUAUGCGUAAAGCACUUUUUAAUAUUGUUUUUUAGAGAUGCUAUAAAAAUAAACUUUAUUAUUAUUAUACAGAAAGUGUGCUCAGGGUGUGGUCCGUACACCCUGUUGAGAGAUGUGGACUGGAGUCACACAACUUGGACUUGGGUCAGACUUUCACAAAUUUGAUGACUUUAGACCCAACUUGACAAAAUCAAUAAAGACUUGCAACUUCACUUGGACACCAAUGACUUGUGACUUGACUUGGGCUUGAGCCUUUUGACUUGAAAAUACUUCAUACCUUCCCCAAAGCCCAAAUAUCAAAAAUAUCUGCCCUGGGGCAGACGCAGAACAAGCUGGCGAGAUUAUAUAUCUCAUCCUGUCUGGGAACACCUUGUCCUGGGAUCUGCUGGGAGGAGCUGGAAAGUGUCGCUGGGGUGCUUUGCUUGGCCUGCUGCCCCUGCCACCAGAGGAUGAAAAUGGAUCGAUGGACAUUGUUAAAAUACCAUUACGUUUAGUAAAGAGCACAUCAUGGCUUAUGACGUUCAGGACUUGAAACUCAUCAAGUAUAGAACUUGGGAUUUGACUUGAGACUUGCCUGUCUUGACUUGGGACUUGAUUUAAGAUUUACUCACAAACAAUGACUUGUUCCCACCUGUCAAUAAUAAUGCAACAGAUUAAAAGUUUCACCCAGAAAAGGUCAGUGAAAGCUUGCUGUUAAUAACUCAUUAGUAAAAAUGCUGCAAUAAUGGCACAAUAUAAAGGUUUAAUUGGGAUGACCAGAGUAAAAAAAGAGUAACACUUGAAUUUCACUUUCAGUAUUUAACAUUUUAGAGCAGUAUACAGACAUAAAUAAAUGGCUUAUAACUCAGUAUACAGUGAUGUAGCUGUAAGCAGAUAUAACGACCGUUUGUCAACAAUUAGAAUUUCUCUUAUGAAGACAUUUUAUAUUAAUGCAACUGUCUUUUACUGUAUUUUUACUCAUUAUCUGUUCAUAAGCAGCCUCUACUUCUGGGUGCUCACAGGAGGAGUUCUAGCUGUUAACAAAUACAUUAAUCAUCACUUAGAUCUGCUUACAUUUACAUGACAGUGCAUUAAAAGCCAUUUAUCAAAUAUCUUACAGCAGUUUAUAUACUGCUUAUAAAUGAUAAAUAUAGGAGCCCAAAGUGUUCACACCUAACAGUAAAGUGCCUGUUUCAUUCUAAAUCUGGAAUUACAGCCCCGCGGUUGUAGCCUCCACAAACCUGUCAAGUUUCUUACAGUUUACAUCCAUGUCUGUGAAAACAUGGAUGCUUCACACCCAUCGU